AUGGUUACAUCAACGGGAACGGAAAUGGCUACACCAAUGGAAACGGGUGUGGAGUUAUCAAUGGCAAUGGUAAAGGUAAUGGCUACACCAACGGCAACGGUAAUGGAAAUGGAUAUACCAAUGGUAAUGGUUAUACAAGUGGUAAUGGGAAUGGUGAUAUCAACAGUGACGGAAAUGGAUACACCAAUGGUAACGGGAAUAGACACGGAAAUGGCUACACAAAUGAUUCUUGUGGAGGAAUCUAAAAUGAGUUCCAUUAAAUCUACUUACAUAUUGCUAACUGUCAUUGGAAUAUGCUUGUCAGAAGCAAAUUACUUGCCACCUUUAUAUAGAAAUGGUAACGGCAAUGGGAAUACAAAUGGAAAUGGAGUAUAUAGAAAUGGUAAUGGAAAUGGAAAUGGCGUCAAUGGAAAUGGUAAUGGCGUCAAUGGAAAUGGUGUGAAUGGAAAUGGCGCUUAUGGAAAUGGAAAUGGAAAUGGUUCCAAUGGAAAUGGUGUAUAUGUUAAUGGAAAUGGUGUAUAUGUUAAUGGAAAUGGUGUAAAUGGUAAUAGGAGGUAUGGUAAUGGAAACGGUGUAAGCGGAGGAUAUCACAACGGAAAUGGAGUGAAUGGAAAUGGAUACACGAAUGGCAAUGGUUACACAAACAGCAAUGGAUAUACCAAUGGUAAUGGGAAUGGCGCUAUCAUCAGUAAUGGAAAUGGCUACAGCAAUGGCAACGGCAAUGGAUAUACCAACGGUAACAGAAAUAGCUACACCCACGGCAACGGAAAUGGAGUUACCAAUGGUAACGGAAAGGGCCACACCAACGGCAAUGGUAAUGGAGUUGUCAAUGGCAACGGUAAUGGAUAUACCAAUAGUAACGGAAAUGGCUAUACCAACGGCAACGGAAAUGGAGUUAUCAGUGGUAACGGAAAUGGAUAUACCUACGGUAACAGAAAUGGCUACACCAACGGCAACGGCAAUGGAGUUAUCAAUGGCUACGGAAAUGGUAACGGAAAUGGCUACACCAACGGCAACGGAAAUGGAUAUACCAACGGUAACGGAAAUGGCUACACCAACGGCAACGGAAAUGGAUAUACCAACGGUAACGGAAAUGGCUACACCAACGGCAACGGGAAAGGAGUUAUCAAUUUUAACAGCAAUGGUAACGGAAAUGGCUACACCAACGGCAACGGGAAUGGAUAUACCAACGGUAACGGAAAUGGCUACAUCAACGGCAACGGGAAAGGACAAUGGCAACGGAAAUGGAUACACCAACGGCAACGCGGUAACGGAUACACCAACGGCAAUGGUUAUACCAACGGCAAUGGGAAUAGUGCUAUCAAUGGCAACGGAAAUGGAUACAUCAACGGUAACGGGAAUGGUUAUAGUAACGGCAAUGGCUACACCAAUGGUAAUGGAAAUGGUAUUGUUAAUGGUAAUGGAAAUGGAUAUACCAAUGGCAAUGGGAAUGGUGCUACCAAUGGUAACGGAAAUGGAUACAUCAACGGAAACGGGAAUGGUUAUAGUAACGGCAAUGGAAACGGAAAUGGCUACACCAAUGGUAAUGGUAUUGUCAAUGGUAAUGGAAAUGGAUAUACGAAUGGAAACGGUAAUGGAUAUACGAAUGGGAAUGGUAAUGGGUACAGCAAUGGCAAUGGUAAUGGUGCUACCAACGAAAACAGUAAUGGAAUCGGCAAUGGUAAAGGGAACGGUAAUGGAUAUUACUAUGGUGCCCCUAAUGGUAACGGGAAUGCUCUGGUCGGAAUAUGCUUGGCAGAAGCAAAUUACUUGCCACCGUUAAAUGGAAAUGACAACGGUAACGGGAAUGUACUCAACGGUAAUGGAAAUGGAGUAUACCGAAACGGUAAUGGAAAUGGUAAUGGCGUCAGUGGCAAUGAAGUAUUCGGAAAUGGAAAUGGUAAUGACGGAUAUAGCAAUGGUAAUGGUGUGAAUGGAAAUGGUGCUUAUGGAAAUGGUAAUGACGGAUAUAGCAAUGGUAAUGGUGUGAAUGGAAAUGGUGCUUAUGGAAAUGGUAAUGGCGUGAAUGGUAAUGGGGUGUUCCAUAUCUGUCAGGCAGGAGGCAGAAUCGACUCGUUCCUUUGUCCCAAUGGCACAAUCUUUAAUCAGCAAUACUUCGUGUGCGAUUGGUGGUACAACUUUGACUGUUCGAUGGCUGAACAGUUCUACGGAUUAAAUGCUGAGAUUGGCAAAGUGAAUGGAAAUGGGUACACGAAUGGCAAUAGUUACGCAAACGGCAAUGGUAAUGGGAAUGGUAUUAUCAACGGUAAUGGAAGUGGAGUUAUCAGUGGUAACGGUAAUGAUUAUACCAAUGGCAAUGGGAAUGGCGUUAUCAAUGGCAACGGAAAUUUCUACACCAACGGCAACGGGAAUGGAGUUAUCAAUGGCAACGGUAAUGUAUAUACCAACGGUAACAGAAAAGGAGUUACCAAUGGUAACGGAAAUGGCUACACCAACGGCAACGGUAACGGAGUUAUCAAUGGUAAUGGAAAUGGCUACGGCAACGGAAAUGGAUAUACCAACGGUAACAGAAAUGGCUACACCAACGGCAACGGAAAUGGAAAUGCCAACGGUAACACAAAUGGCUACACCAACGGCAACGGUAAUGGAGUUAUCAAUUCAAACGGCAAUGGUAACGGAAAUGGAUACGCCAAUGGUAAUGGAAAUGGAUACACUAACGGUAACAAAUACACUAACGGAAAUGGAUACACCAACGGCAACGGUAAUGGUUAUACCAAUAGCAAUGGGAAUGUUGCUACCAAUGGUAACAGAAAUGGAUACGCCAACGGAAUCGGGAAUGGAUACACCAACGGUAACGGGAAUGGAGUUAUCAAUGGCAACGGUAAUGGUUAUACCAAUGGCAAUGGGAAUGGUGUUAUCAAUGGCAACGGAAAUUUCUACACCAACGGCAACGGGAAUGGAGUUAUCAAUGGCAACGGUAAUGGUCAUACCAAUGGCAAUGGUGUUAUCAAUGGCAACGGAAAUGGCUACGCCAACGGCAACGGGAAUGGAGUUAUCAGUGGCAAUGGUAAUGGCGUUAUCAACGGAAAUGGAUACACCAACGGUAACGGCAAUGGAAACGGAAAUGGCUAUACCUAUGGUCCACAAUACCACGAGGCAGUCACAUGCUCAAGGCAGGAAUAUAUUAAGUUGGAGAUUCAACAGAACCAUGUGUUCCACAUCUGUCAGGCAGGGGGCAGGAUCGACUCGUUCCUUUGUCCCAACGGUACAGUCUUUAAUAACCAAUACUUCGUGUACGAUUGA